CCCGCCGGCAGACUUUCAUCUUCACCGACGGGGACGACCCUGAGCUUCAGCUCCAUGGAGGCGGCCACGUCGUCAACACCAACUGCUCGGCCGCCCGCACGCGCCAGGCGCUCUGCUGCAAGAUGUCGGUGGAGUACGACAAGUUCAUCGAGUCGGGGCGCAAGUGGUUCUGCCACGUGGACGAUGACAACUACGUGAACCCCCACGGCCUGCUGCGCCUGCUGUCCGCCUUCUCGCCCCGCCAGGACGUGUACCUGGGCAGGCCCAGCCUAGACCACCCCAUCGAGGCCACCGACAGGGCCCAGGGCGGCGGAGCCGUGACCACAGUCAAGUUCUGGUUUGCUACCGGGGGGGCCGGGUUCUGCCUCAGCAGGGGCCUCGCCCUCAAGAUGAGCCCAUGGGCCAGCCUGGGCAGCUUCAUGAGCACGGCUGAGCGUGUGCGACUGCCUGACGACUGCACGGUGGGCUACAUCGUGGAGGGGCUGCUGGGUGCCCGCCUCCUUCACAGCCCCCUCUUCCACUCCCACCUGGAGAACUUGCAGAGGCUGCCCCCCGACGCUGUGCUUCAGCAGGUCACCUUGAGCUAUGGGGGUCCUGAGAACCCACACAAUGUGGUCAAUGUGGCCGGCGGCUUCAGCCUACAGCAGGACCCCACGCGGUUCCAGUCUGUUCACUGCCUUCUCUACCCCGACACGGACUGGUGUCCCGGGCAGAGGCAGGGCUGACCUCACCUCUUGCUGGCCGAUGACCCCUAAGUCCACGCUGGCUCUGUGCCUGCCUCAGGUGCAGGGGUGGCAGCGGGUGCCUGGUCUCAGUGGAUCCCCCAUUCCACCUUGCUCAGACAGGCCUGCAGCUCCGGCAGCCCUCAGCAGGCCUUGGGAGAGUGUACACAGCCAGACUGAGGCCAAGGCCUGGGUAGACCCUGGGCACACCGCCCCCAGCACGAGGGUGCAGUCAGGGAAGCCUCCCCUGGCGGUGGCGCCUGUGAAGGGCCCAGGCCAGGUCCUGCCUGCAGCUUUAGGCGCAGCCAGGAGGGCUUGGGCAGGCCCUUGCUGGGGGGUCGCUCUCCCUGCUGCACAGCGUGGUCCCAGUCAGGACAUCAGGGCUUCAGAGAGCUCUCCUCAGCUCUGUUCAGGCCUAGGCUCAGAACCCUGCCUGCCCUCCGCCCCAAGUGCCUUCUGCUUGGGGUCCCUUAGCACCAAGCCCACCCCAACCCACCUGGGCCUAGGCAGGUGCUGUCCCCACUGCGCUGUCACUGCAAGUGAGUAAACGCUUUGCUCCCCU